AUGCGAAGCCAACUUGCGGUCAACCAGGAAGUCCCUGAUGAUGACAUUGAUUAUGUCUUUGUCAGUCCACCCACUAGUCUCGACAUUAUACCUCCGGGUUCAAUGACAUCCAAACAUGAGAUUGCAAAGCCGACGAUCAACCAUCUCGCUGGCUCCUGUCAUAACCCUCCAAUGCUUGACAACGGUACCCAGCACUACGAUCCGGUCUUCAGAGUCACCAGCAUCAGCCACUCUGGGGCUCCUGCAAUAGGAGGCAACUACUUCACAUCUUCCUCGUACACUGGGCCAUACAAUGACAUUCUAUAUCCAACCAGUUGGACUCUUGAGGAGUUCAAGGUCCAUGGUAAAAUGUGUCACUUUUCUGUGCCAGGGAAUGCCUAUAUUGAAUGUUUGUGGGAUGGUUGCACGUACCAUAAGCGUGGCGACCCUACAGUCCGUGCCAUGUGGCACGAUUCCAUCUGGUGUCAUACUUGUGAGGCCCAUUUGGGGUUGAAGAGGCUGAAGAAAAGGGGUACCUAG